AUGUCUCUUCCUGUGUUUGUCACCUUUUCCUCUGUUCAUCAUCGGCCCCUCCUCUAUCACAGUUGUGGUUCUCAAAUACCUGCUCUUUGGGACUGCAGCGCACCCCACACCUGCUCUCAGGGACUGCAGUGCACCCCACACCUGCUCUCAGGGACUGCAGUGCACCCCACAUCUGCUCUCCGGGACUGCAGUGCACCCCACAUCUGCUCUCCAGGACUGCAGUGCAUCCCACAUCUGCUCUCCAGGACUGCAGUGCAUCCCACAUCUGCUCUCCGGGACUGCAGUGCACCCCACAUCUGCUCUCCGGGACUGCAGUGCACCCCACAUCAGCUCUCCGGGACUGCAGUGCACUCCACAUCUGCUCUCCAGGACUGCAGUGCACCCCACAUCUGCUCUCCAGGAGUGCAGUGUACUCCACACCUGCUCUCCUGGACUGCAGUGCACCCCACACCUGCUCUCCUGGACUGCAGUGUACCCCACAUCUGCUCUCCGGGACUGCAGUGCACCCCACAUCAGCUCUCCGGGACUGCAGUGCACCCCACAUCUGCUCUCCAGGACUGCAGUGCACCCCACAUCUGCUCUCCAGGACUGCAGUGUACUCCACACCUGCUCUCCUGGACUGCAGUGCACCCCACAUCUGCUCUCCAGGACUGCAGUGCACCCCACAUCUGCUCUCCAGGACUGCAGUGCACCCCCAUAUCUACUCUCCGGGACUGCAGUGCACCCCACACCUGCUCUUCUGGACUGCAGUGUACCCCACACCUGCUCUCCUGGACUGCAGUGCACCCCACACCUGCUCUCAGGGACUGCAGUGCACCCCACAUCUGCUCUCAGGGACUGCAGUGCACCCCACACCUGCUCUCAGGGACUGCAGUGUACCCCACAUCUGCUCUCCGGGACUGCAGUGUACCCCACAUCUGCUCUCUGGGACUGCAGUGCACCCCACAUCUGCUCUCUGGGACUGCAGUGUACUCCACAUCUGCUCUCCUGGACUGCAGUGCACCCCACAUCUGCUCUCAGGGACUGCAGUGCACCCCACACCUGCUCUCAGGGACUGCAGUGCACCCCACACCUGCUCUCAGGGACUGCAGUGCACCCCACACCUGCUCUCAGGGACUGCAGUGUACCCCACAUCUGCUCUCCGGGACUGCAGUGUACCCCACAUCUGCUCUCCGGGACUGCAGUGCACCCCACAUCUGCUCUCCGGGACUGCAGUGUACCCCAUAUCUGCUCUCAGGGACUGCAGUGUACCCCACAUCUGCUCUCCUGGACUGCAGUGCACCCCCACAUCUGCUCUCCGGGGCUGAAGUGCACCCCCAGUGGUUUCUCACAUGUUUCCCUGGAUUGUGUUCUAAUCCAACAGUUUGUGUCUAA